CGUUGCACGAAGUGACGAAACAUCAGUACGCGGUGCUUGUCACAGUGUAUUGUGCGUGAGCUUUGGCGAAUCCUUCGGCCGUUUCGUCCGUUAAUUUUCUGUGUCGAUUCAUCCGUCUGUCUGCUCCGUUUUUUCCCCACGAUGGCGAACGAGACGCAUUCACUCGGUGAGAUCGCGACCGAAGCCGCGAAAACGACGGAUCACCAGGUCUACAAGAUCCACAACUUUGACGAUUUCAGCCGGAUCACCAGGGGCAUCAAGGUCGCGCGGUGCAUGCAAUCGUCAUCCUCCUACGUGCCUGAUGAUACCGAGCAGAUAAUGAGCCAACUGGUGGUAUCUGACUCUUUGUGUUGCUCCUACUGUAACACCGAGUUCGAGAACAAGGUUCAACAGAGACUCCACUACAAACUGGAUUGGCAUCGUUACAAUCUCAAGCAACAUCUGAAUGGUUUGAAGUCGAUUAGCGAGGAUAGUUUCAAUAGGUUGGCUGGCGAAGGCGACAUGUCUAGCCUGUCUGGUAGCGAGGUAGAGUCCGAGAACGAGGACGAUGCUGGUACUUCGGAGACUGGGACCUCGUCUAACGAUCAAACCGCCAAGAACGAGCCACCAAGCAAGACUGGACUCGGCAGGUCUAGGAAGGCGUCAGAAAGACGCGGCAAGGCAAUCGAGUCGGAUAUUUCAGAUACGGAGUAUAACGAGGAGAUGUCCAAGGAGCGAAAGCUGCAGGUUGUGGCGAGUCGUCACACCAAGGUGUUCUUCGAGAACGACGACGGCAACAUAUUUAGCAUCUAUCGAUGUCUGCUGCAUCACAAGAAGGACAUUCCUGAAAAAGACAUCGAAAUGAUUACCCAGGCACUGGAUAGUGGUAAAAAGACCAAGUGGACGGUGAUCAUGGUCGGCGGUGGACACUUCGCUGCAGCUGUAUUUCAGGAUGGUGAGCCUAUCGUGCAUAAGACUUUCCACUCUUAUACUGUACGAGCAAAACAAGGUUUUGCCCAGAGUUCUCGUACAAAUGGUAAUCAUGCAAAAAGCGCUGGCGCCAGUUUGCGAAGAUACAACGAAGCUUCGCUUAUCCAACAUGUACAAGAAAUAUUGGAAUCAUGGUCGAUGCAUAUCAACAAUUCGUCAGCUAUUUUGUAUCGGGCAGUUGGCCCGCACAAUCGCACAGUGCUCUUUGGUGGCAAGAAUCCUCCCUUAGAUAAGAACGAUUUUAGAAUAAGACCACUGCCAUUUCCUACUCGAAGAGCAACAUUCAGAGAAGUUAAGAGGGUGUACGAUAUUCUGAGCACGAUGGAGAUUUAUGGCAACGCGGCAGAUUUCACGGACUGUUUCCCCAAUUCUCCGCGACAGCCCAUACGUAAGAAGGUUUCGAAACCAGAGAUCAUGAGCGAAAUACCCGAGGGAGAAGUCGCUACUGAAUAUAAUCCUAAUCAUAGUCCGCAGGAGAAUGAUAAAGUUAAAGCACCCGCGCAAUCUACUCCGGAAAAACAACAUCGGAAUUCCCGUCCACAUAUUGACAGGGCAAAACCGAGAAAGAGUCCGAAUCGGCCACUGCCAGAUAUCAUUGUUAGAUUAGCUCAAUCAUCCUCUGAAUCUGAAAUGGAUGCAAAUCUUCCAUUCCCUCUAACUGAAGAAGAUUUUGAGGUAUCGUUUAGGGAGAAUUUACAAGCGUUUCAAGACACUGUGCCAAGAUAUAUGAAGAACAAGAAGGCUCAUCGACAGAAAAAGAAAGUGAAGAAAGACACUCCAGUGAACAAUGAAGUGCUAUCGGAUGCUAAAACUAAACUGUGGACUGCCUGUAAGCAAGGCGAUAAUGAACUGUUAUCAUCGGUCAUUAGUAACUUAUUAGCCAAAAUCAAGGAAUGCGAGGAGGAGCAGGAGAAGAAAGAUAUCACGGAUAACGGUUGCACCACGUCCAACAAUACUUUUGUGAACACGGAUGAUGUGGCAAAACUAGUUAACGAUACCAAUGAGGAUGGUAAUACGAUGUUGCAUUUGGCGGCGCUCAGUGGGCACUUCGAGCAAGUAUGGUUACUGCUAGAAAUCGGAUCUGAUCCUUGCAAUAAGAAUAAAAAGCUGCAGACACCUUAUGCUGCUGCGAAUGAUAAGAAGACUAGAAAUACAUUUAGAAGAUUUAUGGAAGCUAACCCAGACAAGUUCAACUAUCAAAAAUCUCAAAUACCUGGACCGCUCUCUGAUGAGAUAGAACAAGCAGAGACUGAAAAGAAAAGGCAGCAACGUAAGUUGAAGCGCUUCAAGGAGAAAGUUAAGAGAAAGGAAUUCGAAUUGAAAAAGCAAGAGGAAAACGAGAAGCAAAGAUUCCUUAAUCUCAGCGAUAAAGAAAAGAGAGCAUUGGUUGUACAGAACCGGAUGUUGAGCGAGGGAUACACCGUGAUGUCGCGGUGCUUUCAGUGCGCCAUCGAUAUGACUGAUAAGGUGCCUUUCGAGUACAACGCCAAUCGUUUCUGCUCAAUGCCGUGUCUCAAGGAGCACCGCCUUCACAAUAAAUAUGUUAUCUGAUGGUGCAUCAUGUCUAGCUAGGAAAACUUUUACGCCAAUUAUCCAUUCGUGAUCGUAGUUAUAAGAGGUUGUAUUUACAGACAACUUACUAUAUAGAAAUGUGCGAAUCAAAGUUUUUUAAAUAUCGAAUUGAAUCGAAACAUAACUUUUAAUUAACAACAUAAUUACUAUUAUGUUAAAUUUUAAUAUUUAAAUAAAAAGACUUCUAUAUAAAAAAAAUUUCUGUAUAAGAAUUACGUUUGCUCUUUAUGCCAAAGAUUUAAAUCCAUCCAGAAUGUAUUUAAUUUUUAAUUGAUCACCAUCUUUUAAAAAGCAAUGGCAAAUCAUCAAAAGUACCCUUGCCAAAAAUCUGCUGUAUCGAAUAAAGAUCAUGAUUUUCAAAAAUUGCACAUUUGUGCUCCAUGAAGAUUCCGCCAAUCAUAUUAAAGAAUCUUACAACAGUUGGAAAGUUGCGUUUUCUGUUGAACGCAGCCAUUGGCUGGAGUCCAGUGUGCGUUUUUUUAUCGCAGCCAAUUAGAGUCCUGUCACGUGACAAGUUGGCGAGUCUCUAUAAGGUUUCUAGACAGACUGACUUGAGAAUGCUUGAGAAAGAAAGAAGAAAAAUAAUAUUGAUAAUAUAACGUUACUUCUAACAUAUUUUAUGAUUGUCAAUGUAUGUAUAUGAUUCGUAUUCAAAAUCCUUAAAUUUCCGAAUAAUUCGAAUCUGAAUAGCGGUUAAAUUUGAAUCUAAUUGACUCAGAAGGUAAAGAUGAGAAGACGUCUUGAUUAAUUUUAAGAAAAGCAACUGGAUAAUAAGCAAAUUAUAUAACAUAUAAAGAAUUUUGACAACACAUGCAAAGCAAUUUAAAAAGUAAAUCAUAUGAUUGAAGGAGUUGAAGAAUUCUUUCAGGCUAUAACAAUGGAUUAUAUAUUUUGAUCUAUAUAUAAUCGGAUGUACACAGAGGGCACAUUUUUUACAAGGUAUAAUAUAUUCUAUGUAUAUUUCGACUAAUAUUUGACAUCUUUACUCAUGUAUUAAAUGUCGUACAUGUAGCAUAUGUAUAUAGGAGUAAAAUGACAUACUGCUAAAGGAAA